CGUCAUAGUUUCAUUUCUUUGGCGCGCGGUCGCAGUAAAUUUGAAAAGCUACUUACAGAAACCGUUUACGGAGGCUUUGUGAACAGGACGCAGAAACAGUGGGUUACUUUUAAUAUUAGGACCGAAGUUGCUCCUUAACGCCGAGAUGUCGUGGGACUUUUUAGUACCUGUGUGUGUUGGAGAUCUGGUUAAAACGGGAGGUAUAAACCAGUAUGUGGUUAGAGAUGUGGUUCCAGCAAAACAACUACCAUCCCACCUUACUAAAUUCAAGGCGGCCCUUAGGAGCCAGGGGCCAUCAUGUAUAUUGGAACAUUUUGACACAGGCUACAGUGUGCUACAGCAUUUUAAUUCGUUGGAACUCGGGUUAAAAGAGGAUACCCUGGAAUUGCUUAUUCAAGUGGUUAAUGGCCUGGCUGUGUCCCUGCCUUCAGUUCUCAACUCCACAUCCUUCUCAGCUGCAGAGCGCAAGGAAAAACUAAAUGCUGUUAAAAUGAGUGUCUUCCUGCUUUGUAAACUCACCGAGAGUCUUGAAAGUCUCUCCUAUAGACAGAAUAUCAUCACAGCUCCUGGAAAGGGCAGUAAAAAAGGUAAAGGUAGUAAAGAAGGCCUGCUGCAGUGGGAUUCUGAAAGAGAAAGUGUGCUGCAGGCUCUGGUCCAGCUCCUUCAGCUGGAUAUCCGCUCUCUUUGGAGCCUUUCCCUUGUGGAGGAGGAAUUUAUCAGCUGUGUGACCUGUUGCUUCUACAAGUUACUGGAGAACCCAACUAUCAGUCACGUCAAGAACAAACCCACAAGAGAUAAUAUAACUCACCUUCUUGGGGUACUGAUCUCCAAAUACAACCACCUCUUAGGUGCCAGUGUGAAAGUCAUUCAGAUGCUGCAACACUUUGAGCAGCUGUCCUCUGUGUUUGCACAAGCUGUGUCUGUGUGGAGCACAGAGUAUGGAGUCCGAGCAGUUAUUGGAGAAGUGAUCAGGGAAAUCGGUCAGAAGUCAAGCGAAGAGCUUGCCCGAGAGGGUUCAGGUGUCAAAGCAUUUUCCUCUUUUCUCUCAGAACUCAGUGGCCUUGUACCUGCAUUAAUGAUACCCAACAUUAGUGUCCUCAUCACCCACCUGGAAGGAGAGAGCCACACAAUGCGAGUUGCUGUGUGCGAGGUCCUGGGAGAAAUCCUUGUACGAGUCCUAUGUGGAGAUGGGCUGGAUGAGUCUGGCAGAGCCGACCGCGACCGCUUCUUUGACAUAUUGCAGGAGCAUCUUCAUGACGUCCACUCCCACGUCAGAGCACGUGUGCUCCAAGUCUUCACUCGAAUUGUCAACAGCAAAGCCCUGCCUCUGUGCCGGUACAGUGAGGUUAUGGAGCUUGCUGUGGGGAGGUUAAUGGACAAAUCUAUAAAUGCAGUGAAGAGCGCCAUCCAGCUGUUGGCAGCAUUUAUUGCACACAAUCCCUACAGCUGCAAGCUGAGCAGUGCAGAUCUGAAGAAACCACUGGAAAAAGAAACGGCAAAACUCAGAGAAAUGAAAGAGAAACUGGAGGGAAAAGCACCUGUCCCAGUGAUUAAGGCGUCUGAGCUGUGGGCUGCCAUGGAGCCCGAGCUCCUUGUUGCUGUCAGGACAACCCUGGAGCCCACAAGUGAAGAAGAGGAUGAGGAAGAUGGUGAUGUGGAGGAGGAAAAACCAGAGGAUGAUGACAGAGCAACUGCAGUGAAGAUAGCUCAGUAUCUCAGAGUCAACAAAUACAGGAAUGCUGUCAAGCUUUGCCUAAAAGCUCAUGAUUGCUUCCCAGAAUCAGAGCUGUUUGCCUCUCUGUCUGCAAUCACCCCUGAACACUUGAUGGACACACUAGGUUUAAUUUUCAAAGGUUCGGAAGAUGCUACAGAAGUCAGCCAGAAUUUACCACCAACCCCACAAAAAGAAGGAGAUAAAGAGGGGGAAGAAGGGGAGCUGAAGAAGCAAGAAAUGCUGGUGCAGUACUUGAAAGAUACGGAAACGUUUUCUUUGCAAGUGGAAAGAGCAAUAUCAGUCAUCAACAACAUGCUGUACUGGAAAACCACUUCAGUCGUCCAAGAGGCAGUGCAGUUUUGUGUUACAGUCCAUGAGUUCAGUGUUGCCAACUCUAUCGGUGGAGUGAGGAAGAUGUUGCCUUUGGUGUGGUCAAUGGAUGCUGCCAUUAAAGAUGCUGUCGUCCAGGCCUACAAGCGUCUGUAUCUCAACCCACAAGGAGACACAAUAAGAAUGAAGGCCCAGACCCUUGUCGACAGUCUCUCUGAGCUGAUAGUGGAUGCAUCUUUGGGUACCAUCCAGUGUCUGGAGGAAAUUGUGCAGGAGUUCUUUGGCAGUGACAGCAAUCUCCAGUCCACCGUUAUUCAGGUGUUAUGGGAAAGAUUUACUGGCAAAAGAGAAACCUCUGUGAUCCAGAAGCGAGCUGCAGUGUUACUGCUGGGCAUGGCAGCACGGGCAGAGAGAGAAGUGGUGCUCAGUAACUUAGACACUCUUUGUUCUGUGGCUUUGGGAGAAAAAGUGACUGAAGACUUUCUUCUUGCAAGAGACACAGUGAUCAUGAUUUGCAGCAUUACUGAUCAUGUCAGGCAAUCAAAAGGAGCUCCAUUCAGACUCCCCCAGGACCACCAGCUGUUCACCUCCCUGACACGAGCUGUUGCUGAGGGUGUGGUGAUGGAAGACCCAUACUGGCAGAGUUUUAUGGAACAGGCCGUCCGUCUCAUCUACUUCCUGGCUGAAUCCCCAGACCAGCUGUGCUCCAGACUCCUCCAGAGAAGCGCUCGACUCUUGCUUGAUCAGAUUGCUGAAGGCAGCGAAACCAACAAAGACGUUUGCCAAAUCCCUGAUGGAUCUCAAGAUUCCAGUGACCAAGAGGAGCAAGUGAACUGUGUGUGUCUGGCCCAGCUGCUGUCUCUCUGUGGAUGCGUCGCUUUUUGGCAGGUGUCUCAUCUUGAGCGUAGUGUGAGCGCUGAGCUGCGGAGGAGGAGAGGAGAGACCGAAGAGAGGGAGGAAAAGGAGAAAGGAUCAGGCAGUAAAGCUAAGCAGGCAGCCAAUGAAAGUGCCAUGGAAGAGGAGCUGGGUUUAAUUGGUGCCUCUGCUGAAGACACUGAAGCAGAACUCAUCAGAAAAAUCUGUGAGACGGAAUUAUUGGCUGAGGAGAACCUCCUGAGUGCGUUCCUUCCUCUUCUGGUAAAAGUCUGCAGUUCCCCAGGGCGCUAUUCCCACCCUCAGCUCAACACUGCUGCCUGCUUGGCACUGUCUCAGUACAUGAUGAUCAGCCCAUCAGUGUGUGAAGACAACAUCCGCCUCAUGUUUACGGUGCUGGAGCGAUCUACUCUUCCCGUCGUUCGCGCCAACACCAUUGUAGCAUUGGGAGACCUAACGGUCAGAUUCCCAAAUAUUUUGGAGCCCUGGACACAAAAUCUUUAUGCAAGGUUGAGUGAUGAGGUACCGUCUGUGAGACAGACAGCUGUGACUGUUCUUACUCAGUUGGUGCUUAAGGAUGUGCUAAAGGUCAAAGGCCAUGUCAGUGAGGUUGCUGUGCUUCUAAUUGACCCAGAGCCGCACAUUGCCAACCUUGCCCUGAACUUCUUCAAUGAGCUGGCUACUAAGGAUAACGCCAUCUACAACCUGCUGCCAGACAUCAUCAGUCGCCUGUCAGAUCCAGAGAGAGGAAUGAGCUCGGAGGACUUUAACACAAUCAUGAAACAAUUGUUCUCCUACAUCACUAAAGAGAGGCAAACUGAGUCUUUGGUGGAGAAGCUCUGUCAGCGUUUCAGGACUGCAAAAACAGAGCGUCAGUGGUGCGACGUGGCCACUUCCUUGUCCUUGCUCUCGAUGUGCGAGCGGGGCUUUAAGAGGCUGCAGGAAUGUUGGGAGUGUUACAGCGACAAGCUAACCGAACCUGGGGUCUACCAGCCUCUGCUCUCCAUCACAGCCAAGCUUCGGCGUUGGGCUAAACUUCAGUUUAAGGCCCAGAUAGAUGACUUUGAGAAGCGGCUGACAGCGGUUCACACUCGGGGCUUAGAGAAUGUAGAAAGUCCUGAGAUGGAUGAGAACCAAAAGGAAGGAGGAUCAGCUGAGAAGACCAGCACUCGUACACCUCUGCCCACCAAAGGCCGACAGAAAUCAAGAAGAGGUCAAACAAAGCCCUCGGUCUCCAGUCACAGUGAUGACAGCUUUGCAACUCCUCGAAAAUCCCGCAAGUCAAAGAAACCUGUAAUCACAUUCAGCAGUGAUGAAGAAGAGGAUGAGGAAGAUGCAGUAAUGGCUGAGUGUGAGACCCCCAAAGUGACGACUCCCAUCUCACGCACAUCCCGUCGAGCUCGCAUCCGAAACUGAUUUCUUCUUUUUAAUCCUUUUUUCUCUUCUAUUUCACAUCUUUGUAAAUAUUGAUGUCCUUUUGCUUCCUCAUAACUUUUAAUGUCGUAAGAUGCAUCUUAUAUUUUAGAGCUGCUUUUUUAAUAAACCUGCGGGUUAUUUUACCUUU